CUUUGUUGCUUCCCAACCAAAACAAACCUUGAAUUUACUAUAUCCAGCUUAUAAUGUGGUCCAACACCAUUGACUUUGUGCUUUAAAUGUUAUCUUCAGAGGUUCAAACCUCUAGCAAAAAUUUAAUUCUCAAAGUCUAUUAAUACCAGUGUUCUUUUGGUCUUUCAGUUGACACCAAAAUUGCUUGAAUCAUGGGUGUAUACACAAAUGUUCAUGUUCUUCUUGAAGCUUUGUUUUUUACCUCGUUGUUGCUCAAGUCUUGUUCAGCUCUAGACAGAUUUUCUUCUAAUUAUGUUUUUGGAGAUUCUUUGGUUGAUGUUGGUAACAAUAACUACAUUGCAACUUUUUCUAAGUCAAAUUACUUACCAAAUGGACUUGAUUUCCCUCCCGGACGUAAUCCUACUGGACGGUUUUGUAAUGGAAGAACGGUCGUUGACAAUAUAGGUCUAGAAUUGGGCUGGAGAACUUUUACUCCGGCAUACUUGGCACCAACUACAGUUGGAGAUGUUGUCCUUGAUGGAGUUAAUUACGCAUCCGCAGCUAGUGGAAUUCUUAGAGGAACAGGCAGAAAUUACGUUGGACGUAUCAACAAUGACGCACAGAUAGAUAACUUCGCGAAAACAAGACAAUACAUAAUCUCAAGAAUGGGUUCUUCUGCGGCUUCGGAACAUUUCGGAAACGCUUUAUUCUCUUUCACAACUGGUUCUAAUGAUUUCAUUAAUAACUACUUGUUAGGUCAUACAACUGCAAUCUUGAUUAGCCCAGAAACAUUUGUAAACCAAAUGAUUGGAAGAUUCAAUGUGCAACUAAGAAGACUGUAUGAUAUGGGUGCUAAGAGGAUGAUUGUUGUAAAUGUAGGACCAAUUGGUUGCAUUCCGGAUCAACGGGAUAAGAACCCAUUGGCCGGAAAUUCAUGUGUUGAUUUGCCGAAUCAAUUAGCAAAGUUAUUCAACAAAAAAUUGAAGACUCUAAUAAUGGAUUUGAAUUCAGAUCUAGCACAAUCUAAGUUCUUGUAUGCAGAUAUUUACAAUAUUGUUUCUGACAUCAUUCGGAAUUAUCAAUCUUACGGUUUCGAGAAUUCCAAUAGUGCAUGUUGUAGAAUUGCUGGUAGGUUUGGGGGUUUGGUUCCAUGUCUUCCACCAUCUAUAGUUUGUCCCGACCGAUCUAAGUAUGUAUUUUGGGAUUCCUUCCAUCCAACUGAUGCUACUAAUGUCAUCAUCGCCAAGAGAGUAUUCGAGGGAGGUCUUAACGACAUAUACCCGAUGAAUAUUCGACAACUAUUGCAGGCUAAUUAGAUAUUUUGUGAUCCUGGCAUUAUGUUAAACGUUUAAAUGUGUAACCAACAGCUAGCAUGGACAUUUAUGUAUUUUCCAUAGAUCAUUUGUAUCCAGUGAAGGACAUAAAAA